GCCGCUGACGAAGGAGUUGCUCAUGGAGGUGGCCGAGGCCGAGGCGGUGCCGCUGCCCCCGCCGGCGGCGAAGGGCCUGUCGCUGGUGGAGGACGUGCUGGCUUGCUCGGGCCGCCUGGAGAGGGAAGGCCUGGGCCACCGCAUCUCCCGCCUCUCCUGCCGGGUGGAGGAGCUGAAGGGUGAGGUCUGCAGCAUGAUUAGCCAGAGGUAUGUUGAGUUCCUGCCCAGUAUGCAGAAUGCCAAGGAACUGGAAUCCCAAGUAGAGGAGUUGUCUGGCAACAUUGACCAGCUGAAGUCCAGGAUUGAGAAUGAGGUCCAGCAGGACCUUAACGUGGCCAUUGCAGAGUUUGCUGAGCUGAAACAACAGCUGGAGAGAGACACUCUGGUCCUGUGUGUGCUGAAACAGCUGCAGGAGUUCGAUGCAGCUCUGAAGCAGGUUAAUGCCCUGUUGCCACAGAAGAAAUAUGUCCCAGCAGCCUGCCACCUGAACCAGGCCCGGAGGGCUCUGAAGACGAUGGAAUCGCGGCGAGGCUUUGAGCUGAAGAUUCUGAAGGCUCUCAGCAGGGAGGUCACCCUGCAGACCCAGAAUGUCCUGUACCUCUUGGGGCAGGAGUGGCAGCAGAUGGCCGUCUGGAAGCUUCCUCAAGCCCAAGAAACUGGGAGCCUGGAGGCAGCCGUGGGGACAGAACUGCACCUGCGCACAGUGCUGCCUGAAGCGGAGCUGGUGGCCGGCGUGGCGGUGGCGUCUGUGCUUCAGGCCUUUGCUAUCCUGGGCGAGCUGCGCUUGAGGUUCAAGCACUUCAGCCAGUCACUGCUGAAGCACAUACUCAGGCCGCUGGUCUGCCACGCCUCCCUGCGGCCCUUGCUGGAAGAGCAGCCCAAUGUGGUCAUUCUGCGGUUGGAGACAGCGGGCUCGGAUCGUGGCCAUGCACCGCCUGUGGAGGUGUUCGCAAAGGUCAAGCUGGUGUUUGAGGCCCUGCACAAAUACCACCUGGGUGUUUCCCUGGAGCCCUGCAUUGAGGAGGGGAGCAACUCAGUGCCUGCCUUGGCAGAGGUGUUGGGGGACCUGAUCUGGAAGGAGCUGUCGGACUGCCUCAUUCACGACUGCCUGGUGCACUCGAUCCCAAACAGCAGCAGCAAACUGGGGCAGUACAUCGAGGUGAUUAAAGCGACCGAAGAAUUCGAAAAGGCCUUGAAGGACAUGCAGUUCUUGAAGGAGGAGUCCACCGACUUGUUGACGUACGCCCGCAACGUGAACUGCCAUUUUGCGAACAAAAAAUGCCAGGAUGUAAUAGUGGCAGCAAGAAUGCUGAUGACAUCGGAAAUACACAACACGGUCAAGGUUAGCCCAGACUCCUCUGUAAUUCUGCCUAAACUGCCUGACCCUGGAGCAGGUGACCAGGUAAAGGCGCUAGAAGCACCCAAGGCUCUUCCCAAACAGGUGAUGAAUCUGGAGAAUGAAACAAAACUAAGCCGACAUACCUUUUCGUUUCCCGCCUGCCGCAUCAGCGACUCCGUCCAGAAAUUGAUGGCAUUGGCGUAUCAGACGCUGCAGGAGGCCUCAGACAGCACGGAUCAGUGCUGCAUCCAGCUCUUCUACGCAGUGCGCAACAUGUUCCAGCUCUUCUGCGACGUGGUGCCGACAUACCACAAGGAGAACCUGCGGACGCUUCCCCAGCUGGCCGCCGUGCACCACAACAACUGCAUGUAUGUCGCGCACCACCUCCUGACCCUGGGCCACCGCUUCCGGGGCCGGCCGGGGGGCGAGACGGCCACCUUCGUCGACCUGGUGCCUGCCUUCAGGAGGCUUGCGACAGAGUGCUUCCUGGCCCAGAUGCGCGUCCAGAAGGGGGAGCUGCUGGAGAGACUCUCGGGUGCCAGGAACCUCUCCAACAUGGACGACGAGGACAACUCCUCCGCAGCCAGCAAAGCCGUCCGGCAGGUCCUGCACCAGCUGAGGCGGCUUGGCAAGGUCUGGCAGGACGUGCUCCCGGUGAACGUCUAUUGCAAGGCCAUGGGGACGCUGCUCAGCACAGCCGUCGGUGAGAUCGCCCACCGAAUCAUCGCCCUGGAGGACAUCUCUGCGGAGAACGCGGACCGGCUGCACGCGCUGUGCCAGACGGUGGUGGACGAGGGCCCCUCCGUGUUCGCGCCCCUGCUGGAGGAAGAGCAGAACAAGCGCUUCCGGGAGGAGGUCCCCGUCUACGUGCCGAAGUGGAUGAUGUUCAGGGAGCUCAUGCUGGUGCUGCAGGCCAGCCUGCAAGACAUCGUGGACCGGUGGGCAGACGGCAAAGGUCCUCUUGCAGCUCAGUUCUCCCCAAGUGAGGUAAGAAACCUGAUCCGAGCCUUGUUCCAGAACACCGAGCGGAGGGCAGCCGCCCUGGGAAAAAUCAAGUAGCUGCGCCAGCAUCUCGUCCGAACUCUUCCUGGAUGUGCUGCAACCGCGUCGCUGUGGCCAUCGCUUGUCCAACUUGACCUUCUCCGCGUCUAAAGUACUUUUUGGCAUCUGUGUGCAGGUGUUUCCCAAAGACCUGGCCUACCUGUUGGGAAGAGCAUCACCUGACCCCGUGCCCAGGCCAGCACAGGAACGGUGUGAUCCUCACCCCGCAAAGCUAGCUUCCCAACAGGAUGUGGCCCCAGUGCACUCGGGCCCCAGACGGAAACCUCGCGAGUGGCCCUUGAACGCCCAGGGCCUGCGUACCGAUCUUUCCAGUCCUGUCCUUUCCCGUGCUGGGUGCUUGGCGAGGCCUGUGGGAGCCCGGAGGAGCAAUGAGCCACGGCGCAGCCUCCUCCCGGGACGCAGGCAUUCCGCCGACAGGCUGGUCUGGGGAUCCUUGCGGAACAGCAUCUAUGCAGCUUCUCACGGGAGGCUCACUUUGCGCGUCUUACCUCGUCUCUCUUGCAAACGGCCUCUGAAGCACACUAGACUUGAAAAACUGCUCCACGGCCCUCGAAGUGCCAAAGCAUUACAGAUUUGCCUGCUGCUCCCCUUUGGGGACUUCAGGAGCAGGACUCGGAGAGAGGAUGGGCAGAGUCAGGUGUCCAGCCCCUCUCUGUGUCCGCCACGCACAGAAACAACAUGUGGAAACGGAGAUAGGGAUCACACUACCAGUGCAGCCUUCAGCGUUGAGUGCACCCCGGUAUCUUGGAAUAUCUGUGCAUCUGCAGGAAAGCCUGCGCUUUUCCAGGGUCCUGGAAACCAGGCAAGCUUUUGUGCCAGUCACGUCCAGCUCCCAGGGCAGAAGCCAGGCUGAGCGCACGGAUACUCUGGGAUGCGCAAGCUGUUGGUUGGGGUGAGCAGUUUAGUUCUGCUGCUCGGUUUCCAAGUGCAAAAGCUGCCCUUGGAAUAUCUCUUGCAAGGCUUUUCUCAGUUCUAGCUUUCUGCUUCGCUUAGCGUCUGCAUAAUGGAUCGAGACUGGCUGCCCCGGAACCGGCUCUCCUCUCAGGUGGGCCAGGCACGCGCGCUCCUCUCUCCCGUUCUUUAUGUACUGACCUAGAAGUCGGCCGUACAGACGACUCUGAUCUUUUGACAACUGGCAGAUGCAUUGUGCUCUGGCAGCACAGUCCACCCCACCUUGCACCUUCCUCAUUUUCUCACUCCUCCCCUCCCAGAGGCCCAAAAUCAACCACAGCCCUGCUUAGUAGAGACGUCACUGGUGAAAAGCAUGAAGAGAAAGGUGGGUGGGGAAGCUGCUGGACGGGGCACCUCUUAGAACCUAUUUUGAAUUCUGUUGCGAUGAGCUCUUCUGUUCCUUCCAGAAACAGUUGUCUUUUUGGAGUUCUGCUGUGGAAGUAAGGAAAUAUGCAUACAAAGCUCUACCCAGUGA